AAAUAAUAAGAGCAUUGGACGAUCGCAAACGCUGAAAUAAGAAACAGAGGUUUUCACGCACAACACACAGUAAUGGAUUCUUCUUCCGACGAGGGGAAGAUCUUCAUCGGCGGCAUAGGCUGGGACACGACGGAGGAGGGGCUCAAAGACCAUUUCAGCCGUUACGGUGAGGUCAGUCACACCAUGAUCAUGCGGGACAGGAUCACCGCCCACCCACGGGGCUUCGGCUUUGUCGUCUUCUCCGAUCCCUCCGUCAUUCCCUCCGUUCUUCAGCAAACCCACACCAUCGAUGGCCGUACCGUUGAAGCUAAGAGAGCCAUGUCAAGAGAACAGCAGCAAACCUUGAAAUCUGGAAGCACUAGUAGUGCUGGUGGAAAUUUUGGAGGGUCUGAGAAUCUCAAAACCAAGAAAAUUUUUGUGGGAGGGUUGCCUUCUACCUUACGUGAAGAUGAAUUCAGGGAAUAUUUUCAAGAUUUUGGCAAUGUAACUGACGUUGUAAUUAUGUACGACCCAAAUACUGGUCGACCACGUGGUUUUGGUUUCAUUACCUUUACCACAGAAGACGCUGUUGAUAGAGUUCUCCACAAGACCUUCCAUGAGGUGACUGGGAAGCUUGUUGAGGUAAAACGAGCACUCCCUAAAGACUCAGUAACUGGUGCUGGUGCCCGUGGAAGUUACAAAGGCUAUGGUUCUUACAAUUCUAGCAGUAGAACGUUCGGUAGUCAAAUGGGAAGCAAUGGAUUUAUGCAGCCAACAACUGGUGGUUAUCCACCGUACUCUGGCUAUGGAGGCUCCAGCUUUGGUUAUAUAGGAAAUAGCAAUUCUGCCUAUAGUGCUUAUGGUGGAUACGGUGUUGGUGCUUAUGGAAGUGCCAAUCCUGGUUAUACCAGCCCAGCAGGAGUCUACGGGAACGCUAGCUCUCCAAAUACUAAUUUCUCGAAAAAUCAGUGGCGCAGCCAGACUGCCGGAUAUGGUGCUUCUGGAUACAAUCAAACUCCAAGCUACGGGGCUUCUGUUCCUUGGAGGAAUCCAUCCAGAAAUAGUCCUAGCGGUUAUGGCCCAGCCGGAAGAUCUCCAAGUGGUGCUUCUCGAUAUAUUAAUAAAGGGUACAACUAUAAUAGUUAUGGUGGAACACACAACUCUAACGAAUAUGCUGGAGCGGAUGCUGCUGCUGCUGCUGGACAUCAAAGUGGAAAUGGUAGUUACGUGGGAAGGACGUAUGGUAAUAAUAGUAGUAAUGGUUCUUCAGGGCAUCCUGAUGCUAGGUGGAAAUCAGAUGCUUGAGAUUUGUGGUCCAUGAUGCAUCUAAAUUCCCAUCCAAGAUGGUUCUUCAGGGUAUCAUAAUGAUAGAUUUCUGCUUUUCUUGCUAGUGAAUUACAUAUCUUGUCAAAAAUAAUAGGUGGUUUUGCAGACAGUUCUGUGUUGCUUUAUAUAAAUGGAAAUUUAAUUUAUCUUCUGCCUU